AUGAGUUCAGAAUCCUAUGUAGUUCUACCAGCCCGUAAAAUUUUCCGUGAUUAUCUCAUCAAGAAUGAGAAGCAAAUCAAUUCACAUCACUCAUGCGAAGCAAUUGCUUUUGAUAUAUCCAGCACUCCUGGCUACACUCCCUACGUGUCUGCCAUACCAGUGAACGAGUUCAAUGCAGUUCAGAAUAAUUUGGUAGAGCAAAAUGUGCCCCAAACACCUAAUGUAAUGGAGGACAAAGAAAAUGCAAAGUUACCAGAGAAAAAUGACACAGAUCUCAAAAUACAGGCUGACAAUACGCAAAAGUCUAAUUUAACACAAGAUGCCGUUGCUAAUCAGUCAUCGCCGGAUAACAUCCGGCACGAGGGAAAUCUACUAAAUAAUUUAUCCCAGAAAGACGUACUCGCUGACAAGCCUGUUCAACAAAAUCCGGGAAAUUCACAACAAGCACAAGAAAAAGUUUUUCCCUCGCUGUCGGUACCAAAUAUGAAUGAUACUGAUGAAACAUCGAAUAAAAAUAGUGCGAACUCCAGCGCAAAGCCGGAUCCUAAUCAGAGGAACGAUACAAAUAAUCAGAUGCCCGACCGAAAUUUGGCGAAGCCAGAAGAGUCGCAAAAGCCGGUCAUUGAAAGUCCUGUAAACCCUAACAUACAACCGGACCCUAAUCAGAGGAACGAUACAAAUAAUCAGGUGGCCGCCCCGAAGCCCGUUGAAGCACAGAAGCAGACGAUUGAAAGUCCUGUGAAAGAGCACCCAGAUGACGAUAAAAAACUUCCAGCAGAUGCAGAUUCCAAGGAACCCGAUCCGAGGAAUCAGUCAGAACGCGAAGAGUCCGAAGAAGAAUCAAAAUCUGUUUCAAACGACACUAAUUUGGACAGUAAAGGUGUUUCACAAAAUGAAAAAGAAAAUGCCAAAGUCCGUGACAAUUUGGUUGCAAACAAAGAGGAGAAUGAAGAAGAAUCCGACUCGUUUAUCCCAAACAGUAACAACGAUAAAAAACAAGUAUCCGUUUACGAACCAAAAGAUAUACAGAGUUAUUGGAAUUCGGUGAAAGACAGAUUUCACAAAUCCCCGACCGGAAAACAAACAUUGAAAUUCCACUCACAUGAGGUCAAUAAGUGUCCGAAAGUAACACUGAAAGUUGCGUGGUUAUCGUGUACUCCGACCGACUACAAUCCCGGUGACUACCAGGAAUAA